CAGCCAUCAGCCAUCCCCCAUCCAACGUGGACCCCCCCAAACAACACAUGCGAGCUCGUACCUCUGUUCUUCAUCACCAUCACCAGCUUCAUUUGCUCCCUUCUGGCCGUGGCUCAGUGUCCCAUUGCGUAUACAUAUUAUACCUCCACUUACAACGCCUUGUCAACUGUUGAAAUUCGCUUUAUGCGCAUUCGCUUUCAACCUACCUACCAACAUGUCCAACCAUAGAUACAACUCGUGGCUGAAGACCAAGAAGAAGGGCGAACUCGAGAAUCUUGCUGAGUCUGUUGGUCUGUCAGAUAUCGACGGUUACAAGAAAGACGACCUUGGUGUGGCUCUUGAUAACUACCUUACUGAGAACUCAACGCGCUUUCUCGCCAACCCUGAGCUCGCUGGCUACUUCAACAGUCGCUCUAAGGCCCAAGGGUCUCCAAUCAAGAGAGAAGUGAACCGUGAAGAUGCCCUGAAGGUAGUCCGAAGACGACCCUCCAAGGCCGUGGAAGAAGUAACCCCCGAAAGCGACGAUGCCUCUUCUCCCCAAGCUACAUCGACAGCACUCGUCGAGACUCCUGGUCGCGCUCUGUCCGAGGUCGCAUCGCGCAUUGCGCUUCCCGCCACGCCCGCUGAUGUUGCUCUCGCUGUUGAUCGCUCCACUAGCAUUGUGCGCCAGCGCGUCUCGUCACUUUACGAGGAGAGUGGAAUCACCGAGGUCAGUCAUGCGACUCGCGACACUCUCAGUACCGUCACCAGCAUCCUAUUCUGUGUCGCGGGUUGGGAGCUAUGGAACGUUCGGCGCGAAAUUCUAAGCAAUGUUUACGCGUUUACAAUUCCCGCUAUCAGCACACUCGGCACAUCGGACUACCCUGUCUAUGUUCCUGAUAUGUUCCUUCUUUUAACGUCUAGCUUCUGGUCUCCCGCCUUGACUUGGAUACUGACCAGCGUCAUCAUCCCCUCUUUUGCUGGUUACUUCUUCAACCUGAGCGCGACAAGCCCCCCACCUUCGCGCGGACGCCCUCGCCCAAGCCAUGCGGACUAUGUCGUCGAUCCCUUGACUUUUAGCAUCGUCAAAGCCUUGGUUUCAUUCGUUGUUUACGGCCAAGGCGUUAAUUUUGGCGGUCUUUUGAACGAUCUGUCUAUAAUGCGCCUCGAGAACGCCAUAUAUGGCGGCUAUAAGGGUAUCCUGACUGGCACUGCUGUCACUGCCGUGGUCAGCAUUUACGACGCCGUUCUGAGGAAGUAAGAUGUUUCGAGGUGAGCCCAGUGCUGUACAGGGUUAUUGAUUCUCAACAACCUAUUAUACGAUUU